AUGGAUGCUUACUCUUAUAAACCAUCAAAAGGCUUGAAAUUUAAAGGCGAUAAUGCUCAAAUUAAGAAGAAAAAGAAAUCAAAGAGUGCGACUACUUCAAAAGAAGAUAUCGUCGGUUCUACCAGUACGACUAGCCCACCACCUAUCAGCACUCCCGGAUUAGUGGACACCCGCACAGAAUCUGAGAAGAAAUUUGAUAAAGUGCAGCGACAGAGGCUCAAAUAUAAAGUAAAAGAUGAAGCAAAGUUAAGUCAUAAAGAGAAAGUAGAUCAAUUCAACAAAAAGCUCGAUAGUCUAACUGAACAUAACGAUUUGCCGAAGAUUGGCCCAGGCUGA